GCCAGGGGCGGCACCCGGUGGAUGGAUGACUGGAGUUUCCCGUGCGGUCUCAAGAUUAAUGGAAGAGGUCUGUUGAUCUUGGGAAUCGGCUAUCAGAUGGUCGGUCCCAGAAAGCCCUUGCACUUGAUCCUGCUUUAGAAACGAAUGGAGAGAUAUCCAUUUCAAAUAAGCUACAGCGGAAAAAACAAAUAACCUGGACACCACCUUCGUUAUCCAGGUCUCAACUGAAAAGGCCUGUCUGCACAGACAUAGCACCUGGUUCAGGCCAGGAUACGACUGCGAGGGACGCUAAAAGCUAACGCUAUCUUGUUUGUUAGAUAGACGGAAACAGCUUUCGACGCUGUCUCACGCUCUGGAUUGGAUUUUGGAUAACCAAGCCAUCUCUGGAAAUAAAGGACUGUCGAGUGACACCUCGAAUCACCGGUGCUCGCUUGGAAAUUGACGAGCUAACGCUGCAAAGCUAACACCCACUGACCAUUUCUGCUAGAGUUAGCUAGCGUGCUAGCCUAGCUAACCCAAAGCGUUAGUGUUAGCUAGAGACUUGGAUAUAACUACACGCUUGGUUGGAGUUUUCCUAACACACUAAGGAAGGGUAUUGGAGGAAAUACAUUCACGUUGGUUAGUCAAUUAUGAUAGCUGUUAGCUAGUAGCUAGCUGUCAGCUUCAUUGAGGCCAGCGACUGUGUUAGCUGUGUAGCAUCCCCGAACGACUUGUAAAGGAAGACUCAGCCCGAGCCCAGGAGCUCCACCAUCAGCCUGCCAUCAUGGGCAACACGCCCACCGCAAAGAAGGGCAAUGAGAUGGAGAGCGUGAAGGAGUUUCUUGCCAAAGCCAAAGAAGAUUUCCUGAAGAAAUGGGAGAAUCCAGCACAGCAAACUGCGGCAUUGGACCACUUUGAGCGCUUGAAGACCUUAGGCACUGGUUCGUUUGGUCGAGUCAUGCUGGUUAAACACAAAGAAACGGGCCAGCAUUUUGCUAUGAAAAUACUUGACAAACAGAAGGUAGUGAAGCUGAAGCAGAUAGAACACACACUGAAUGAGAAACGUAUCCUGCAAGCUGUCAGCUUUCCAUUUCUGGUGCGACUGGAGCACUCUUUUAAGGAUAACAGUAAUCUGUAUAUGAUUAUGGAGUAUGUCCCCGGGGGCGAAAUGUUUUCACACUUGAGGAGAAUCGGUAGAUUCAGUGAACCACACGCCCGCUUCUACGCAGCCCAGAUUGUACUGACCUUUGAAUACCUUCACUCACUGGAUCUCAUCUACCGAGAUCUGAAGCCAGAGAACCUGCUCAUCGACCAGCAAGGUUACAUACAGGUAACAGAUUUUGGAUUUGCAAAAAGGGUGAAGGGCAGGACUUGGACACUUUGCGGGACCCCAGAGUACCUCGCACCAGAGAUCAUCCUCAGUAAAGGUUACAAUAAAGCAGUGGAUUGGUGGGCUCUGGGUGUGCUGAUAUAUGAGAUGGCUGCUGGCUACCCCCCCUUCUUUGCAGACCAGCCUAUUCAGAUUUACGAGAAGAUUGUAUCAGGGAAGGUUCGUUUUCCCUCCCACUUUAGCUCAGAUCUGAAGGAUCUGUUGAGAAAUUUGCUGCAGGUGGACCUGACCAAGCGCUUUGGCAACCUCAGGAAUGGAGUCAAUGAUAUCAAGGGCCACAAGUGGUUUGCCACCACUGAUUGGAUUGCGAUCUAUCAGAGGAAGGUGGAAGCCCCCUUUAUUCCUAAGUGCAAAGGCCCUGGUGACACAAGCAACUUCGAUGACUACGAGGAAGAGGAAAUCAGAGUCUCCUUCACAGAAAAGUGUGCAAAGGAGUUUGCCGAGUUCUAGACUCUCCAACCAUGAGUAGCAGAGAGAGAGAGAGAGUAUGUGUCAGGUAUUUUGAAAGCAAAAGGGGGUCAGAAGAACGAAAGCGUUAGGGUGGACUGCUAACUUGCUUAUUUGUAAUGACGACAACAAUGUAAAAUCCCCCCCAGUCGAAAGGUAGGCAAAGUGAAGAAAGAUCCAACAGAACCAGCAGUGUUGCCUUUUCUGAUUGUUUCUCAACUGUUACCUAUUCAUUUUAUUUAUCCCUUUUGUGUUUGUGGCAGGGGCUUGAGGAGAACAGGCAUAGUUUGAGGCUGUCCAGCUGUACUUGUAUCUUUCUGAUGGUGUAUUGACAUGUUUUCAGUCUUUGCAGGUUUGAGGCAAUGAUUUUCUGUUAUGGUACUGAAUCUGCUAGGCUCCUUUUUGAAUGGGCCCUCUGCAAGCUUCUCAAAGAGUGAUUGUUGUAUCUUCUCACCCCUGGUUCCCCCACCAUCUCUCCAUCCUGAAUCUGUCCAAGCAAUACCAAGUCCAACAGAUGUGCCUAUCAUAAUGCCAACUGGUUGGAAAACUGUGUCGAAAGCAUUUGUGCAGAGCUUUGGCCAUGGUGGCAUCAGCCCUUGUGCCCGUUUGGUUGAAAGCUUGAAAACUCUCUGCACCUGCCUUUGUCUGCUCAAUGUGGCAUGAUUAUUGGGUAGAUGAUGCUUUCACUGCUUGCAGUUGAAGCAGCGGUGACCUCUUUGAUUAGAGUGAAAAUUGUUUAUCACAGUAAACUUCAUCUAGGUCUUAUUCCUUGUGGGGAUCUGUGAGAAAUGGUUAAACAUGAGGUCUACAUUUAAGUCUGUCUUUCUCUUAGCUGAAUUUAUUAGAGCAUUUUAAGAAUCCUAUUGGUGAUCAUUUUGUCCUUUUAUGUCAAUCUCUGUGCUUGUGUGUUAUUUAGUGCUCAAAGGUAGGUUUAAAGAGCUGUGAUUUAGCAGCAACUAACAUUGUGGUCACACUCCUGACUUGUUUAUUUAAUUCUCAUAGCUGUGAAACUGAAUUAAGAUUUCAUAAAUAAACAAAUGUAAUUUCUGCCAAAUUUGCAAAGCGAGAACAUUGCAAGUUUUCUGUAUGUAACAAUGACGGUGGUGGAUUUUUGAAACGCAAAAAAAAGUAGCAAAACGUUUCAGCAAAAUGUGCAUGUUAUUUUUGUAUAAAUUCACUUUUAAAGAAAGAUGGCAGAGCAUUAUUCUUUAUUUGUGCUGAGAUCAUGGAUAACAUGCUUAACUAUUAAAAUGGACUCUGGGCUACUCUGUUUUGAAAAUGGAAAAAGUCCCAGUCAAAUAAGUCCUUCUGGGCUUUUUUCAUUAUUAAGAUGUAGGGCAAGAAUUACCCGAUAAUUGUCACUAACUUGUGCUUCUCACCCUAAUAAUUGUCCAACCCCUUGUAUAUAUCGUACAUGUACCCCUUCAGAUAGAUCUGCAGUCCAAUCAAAUUAUUGGAACUGUUGAGAUUGGAGUGUUUUUAUUUCCGUUUUCAAGCUUUCUGUGUAACAAAUUAAACUAAGGAAGCUAUCCAAAAGCUGUCCCCUUUUACCAAGUUUAUUUCUGUGGAUGCAAGACAAUCGCAGACCAAAUCUUAUUGCUGGUUUGUUGACUGAACACAUUGUUUUUGGUUUGAUGAAGGAUGUUCGUUCCAACCCCCCAAACCCGCCCUCCCAUAGGCCCUAGGUGCUAGACUUUGUCCAUCUCACUGACAAGCUUCUGUGAAUUGUUUGAUGUGCAUCAACCUAUUUGUCAUAAAGUCUUGUAACAUGACAUUUUUGAGAAUGUUUUUUGACACUCAAUGAUUUCUGUAGACUUGAGUAAUUAUUUUGGCAGUCUCUUUCAGUGUAAUGGAAAUCAAAAGCGCAGGAUACCUUUUUGAAUGUCUUGAACUGUCUGAUGGAAAUGUUUCAAUGCUGUUUGGAAACAUGAUGUGUGUUUUGUACAAUACAUGUUUCUCUGGUGAGUUUGUUUUUUUUCUUGCGUGUGGUAAAGCAACCCAACAGCAAGACAUCCCCUGGACCUGAGACAUGUUUGACAAAUUAUUGUUUCUGCAGCCGACAGUCUCAUCGUUGUUGGACCUUUUGAUUUGUUAGAGGAUCACUUUGACAAUGCAGUGGAUCACCAACCAACUUGUCCAGUCUUUUGCGAAUAAUGAAGCACACGCCACAUCCUUUCAAAUCUCCUACCUAAUUGAUUUGUGCUAAUUAUUUGAAACUUUUAAGACACAAUGUAAUGCUUUGAAGAGAGCACAUGUAAUAUCUUUUGUAUUUAUGUUGUGACAAAUGACUUAAUCAGAGUUGGUGGGUAGAAGGCAGCGCCACUUGAUCCACUUAAGACACUGAGGCCAUCGCAGUGGUUUUUAUUUGUUAAGUUUAUUUUUGUUUCCCAUACACAACAUCUUGUCAGCUGUCUUUAAUUCUCUAUCAACUAUCAACUUGGCUCUGUGCUAACUUUGAGUUUUUCUCCAGUGUUUGCCUUCUAUUUUCAUCAAGUUUCCACACACACUUCAUUCAGACGUCACACUUUUUACAUCUGAGAUGUUUUGUGUUCAUAUUUUCUAAUUGUAUUUUCAAAAAAAAAAAAAAAAAGCAAAAAAGCAAAAAAAACAGAACAUUAAUCUUUUCCUCAUGACCUGGGUACAGUGAUUGUGUAGUCUAUUGUACCUUUUGGGAAACAAUACUGUAUAUCCUUGCCUUUGACAGUCUUAACUAUCUUACCCUCUGGAGAACUUGACAGAUACCCUUAGAACACAAUGAGUAUGUUUAAAAAAAAUAUAUAUAUACAUAAAGUAAUAUUUUGCAAAAUGUAUCAUUCCAAUAAACUUUUACUUGUUAAGACUAA